AUGAUGCGGCCUCAGCCUAGGACCGUGUUUGGGAAGCAUCCCUCCUGGAUUACACUACCCUGCCGGUCUCUUCCACAAUAUACCAUCCGCGGACCGUCCAGUGCUCGAUUCCAAAGCUCCGAAUCUGACGGUCCAUUCACCUCCUCCGAUCCAUCGAGCGAACAUGCGCCUCGUCGUCGGCGUCGAUUCAAGAAAGCGUCACAAUCGAAAAGAAUCACUCUGGAUGUGGACUCACUCGGACAACCCGGCGAGAUUGUGGUCGUCCCACCAAAGCCUCCACGCACCUUGAAAUCCAAGCUACGAGAAGCGCAAAACAUCACCACGGAAGAUGCUCAGCCGGUCACCCUGAGCUCCAUGCUGGAGGAUUUGGAGGAGGAAUAUACGCCAUUGACGUCUACUGAGAUCCAGGGGCGAAUUGAAAAGGAAAGGGAAACCGCCAACUGCACCGGCAAACUCUCCGCACAUGAGUGGGAAGCCACACGAAGUCGUCUCGCCUCGUCGUUCACCUACAAUCAAUUAUCGGAGUAUGUCGAGGACCAUCAAGCCCACGGGAAACAAGGGUUCAGGGAUCCAGAUGCCUGGAGACCCGGUACUUCAGCCUUCACACAGACAUAUUCGGGCCACGCGACCGGGCCGUCAAGACGUGUUGCAUCGUCCCAUGAUCUAAAGGGCAAAGCUUUGCUGGCGGAGCGGAUCCUUCGUGAUUGCUGGGACUUUUCGAUUGUGGAGGAGGUUGGUCAAAUAGAUCUCCGCCUGUCACCUUCACAAGUCAGUCUGUUACUGAAGGCAGAGCACUUCUCCUUCGAUGAGAUAGCGACUCUGCACGAAUCCAGUAUCGAUGUGACCAGCUUUCUCGGCCUGGUGAGAAUCACCGGCCGUCAAGAUUCAUGCGAGUCGAUGAGUGAAAUCAUUCGCGACGCGAUCGCCCGCAUACGAGAGGACAGCAUUGCAAUCGAUCCAGCCGCCUUCCGAGCCGUGAUGACUCACUCUGUUUCCCAACGCCUGUUCGACUUUAUCAGUGAGACAUACGGCAUUUCAUUUGAUACCGAUGACUCGCAGGUACCCAAGAAAAUUCUAUAUCUGGCUGAAAAUAGAGAAGGUGCAGAAAAUGCACGUCGAGCUCUGAACCUCGCUCUGCGCGAGGUAACUCCAUCCUCAAUCCCCUUCUCUACCUAUUUCUCCGCCUCGGACACCGCAAAUACAUACAAUCAUACCCCUGAAGACAGCGUGCCUUGGCUGGAUCAGCAAAGGCAAUGGUUCCGGUGGGCUAUGCCUUCCACUCAAUCAACAGAGUCAAGCAGCGAUGCGACGGAUCUGUUUGACAAUCAUCAAACUCGACUGUCAGAUCACCUACUGAAACUCUUGCGUAAGACAUCGGCGCCAAAAGUGGCAUCAAGUGGCACACUUAAUGUACACGAGUCCAUAACGGCAUCGGUGGGACACUGCCUGUUCGGUCGCAAGCAGUCAGCCGAAAACGUAUCUAUGAAUCCCGCUCAACUGGGCAAGCUCUCACUACCACGAACAUUUUCCACCGACAUCCCCCGAGUGAUCAACUACUUGACCUCCCUCCGACCGAUCACUCCAGUCGUUGGUAAUCAGCUGCACACGCUGCGGUUGACCCCGUCCUUUGAACACGCGCAUACUGCUCCAAUCCUGGAGGUCACCAUCCUUUCAAAGUUGGGAACGAAAUUGGAUACGACCGAGGACGCAUUUGAGGUGCAAAAGCUCAGAGUCAUUCUUGCAUCCAACGAAGUCGAUUACCUUCUUCCUGAGAAUGGACUCGACCUGCGCUUCCAUCGCACGCUUUACCAUGAAAUCACGAGUGAAUUCGUGGCCGACAAUUCUGAUCUGCAAGAGCUUGUGAACGGGAUCAAGUCCUGUCUCCGCGGCACUUUCGGGACAGCUUCUCUACACUUGAGCCCAUCCGACGACUCGGUCCCUCUCCCGGCAUUUUGUCAUUUAGCCCUCCCCCGGAGGAUCCUCGCCAAGUCCGAGCAAUCAUCAUCAACGGACGAGGAAAGCGCACCCCUCCAAGUCGAGUACAUUUUCCCCCCAAUUCACAACAUCCGCCGCGCAGGCGUUCAAUUGUACGAGCUUGCCGAUCGUCAACUCAGCUACAGUUACCAGGAGACCGGUCCGGUGCUCCCCGGGCGAGUUGUCAACGUCUCGCUUGGCAUGGAGCUGGCCAAUACACCACGGGUUACGGAUAUCACCGAGGCUCAGGACCACGUUGCUUUGGAAAAAGACUUUCACUCGUUUUACAACACGGCUUGUCGGAUGGCGUUUGAUAUCCACAGAUUGAAGCUAUCGGGCACGGAUGACGGUAUUUUUGAACCGAGUCCCAUGUUCAGGUAG